ACAGACGUGGAAGACAGACCAGUGGAUUGUAAUUAGCACCCCAAAACCCUGAACCGUGUCCAUACACACCGGACUGAAUGACGAGACAGGAUGGCUGGGGGAAGGAGAGGACUCGUGGCCCCUCAAAACACUUUCCUGGAAAAUAUUGUUAGAAGGUCUAAUGUUUGGACAUUAUCACAUAGACAGACAGACACCAAUUUUGUAUUGGGUAAUGCCCAGAUUGUAGACUGGCCCAUUGUGUACAGCAAUGAUGGAUUCUGCAAACUCUCAGGAUACCAUCGGGCCGAGGUUAUGCAAAAGAGCAGCACUUGCAGCUUUAUGUAUGGUGAGCUCACGGACAAGGAAACGAGUGAAAAAGUCCGGCAAACCUUUGAAAACUAUGAGAUGAACUCAUUCGAAAUACUUAUGUAUAAGAAAAACAGGAUGCCUGUAUGGUUCUUUGUCAAAAUUGCCCCAAUUCGAAAUGAACAGGACAAAGUGGUAUUAUGUCUGUGCACCUUCAGUGACAUCACAGCUUUUAAGCAGCCAAUUGAAGAUGAUUCAUCCAAAGGCUGGGGUAAAUUUGCUCGUCUGACGAGAGCUCUAACGAGCAGUCGAGGAGUACUGCAGCAGCUCACUCCAACCGUGCACAAAGGAGAGAAUGUUCACAAGCACUCCAGACUAGCCGAGGUGUUGCAACUUGGCUCUGAGAUUCUUCCACAGUACAAGCAAGAAACACCAAAGACUCCCCCUCAUAUCAUUCUUCAUUACUGCGCCUUUAAGACCACCUGGGACUGGGUCAUCCUUAUUUUAACCUUCUACACUGCUAUCAUGGUCCCUUACAACGUUUCUUUUAAAACCAAGCAGAACAAUGUCACGUGGCUGGUUGUCGACAGCAUUGUGGAUGUAAUAUUCCUGGUGGACAUCGUGCUCAAUUUCCACACCACAUUUGUCGGACCAGCAGGGGAGGUUAUUUCAGACCCAAAGCUUAUCCGCAUGAAUUACCUGAAGACGUGGUUUGUGAUAGACCUGCUUUCCUGCUUGCCCUACGAUGUCAUCAACGCCUUUGAAAACGUGGACGAGGGAAUCAGUAGCCUCUUCAGCUCCCUAAAGGUUGUCAGGCUCCUGCGAUUGGGCCGAGUGGCUCGCAAGUUGGAUCACUAUAUUGAAUAUGGAGCUGCAGUUUUGGUGCUGCUGGUGUGUGUGUUCGGACUGGCUGCUCAUUGGCUGGCCUGUAUCUGGUACAGCAUUGGGGACUACGAGGUCAUCAAUGAGGAAACCAAUUCACUACGGACUGAAAGUUGGCUUUAUAUGCUGGGAGAGUCUAUUGGGAUGCCAUAUAGAUUUAACAUAUCGGGGAGUGGAAAAUGGGAAGGUGGACCAAACAAAGACUCAGUAUACAUCUCUUCAUUGUAUUUUACAAUGACCAGCCUCACUAGUAUUGGAUUUGGAAACAUCGCCCCAACCACCGAUGGAGAGAAAAUCUUUGCAGUGGCCAUGAUGAUGAUUGGGUCUCUCCUGUAUGCAACCAUCUUUGGUAACGUGACCACAAUCUUCCAGCAAAUGUAUGCCAACACCAACAGGUACCACGAGAUGCUGAACAGCGUGCGUGACUUCCUGAAACUCUACCAGGUCCCCAAAGGUCUGAGCGAGCGAGUCAUGGACUACAUUGCCUCCACCUGGUCCAUGUCCAGAGGCAUAGAUACUGAAAAGGUAUCGCAAACUGUUUUACAGAUCUGCCCAAAGGACAUGAGAGCGGACAUCUGUGUGCACCUGAACCGCAAAGUCUUUAAAGAACACCCGGCUUUCAGACUGGCAAGUGACGGCUGCUUACGAGCUUUGGCCAUGGAGUUCCAGACCAUCCAUUGUGCCCCUGGGGACCUGAUUUACCAUGCAGGCGAAAGUGUAGACAGCCUCUGCUUUGUGGUAUCGGGGUCCUUGGAAGUAAUACAAGAUGAUGAAGUUGUAGCCAUUUUGGGAAAGGGAGACGUGUUUGGGGAUGUAUUCUGGAAGGAAGUCACCUUGGCGCAGGCCUGUGCCAACGUCAGAGCCCUCACAUACUGCGACCUGCACGUCAUUAAACGGGAUGCCUUACAAAAAGUUCUUGAGUUCUAUACAGCCUUCUCCAACCAUUUCUCCAGAAACCUGCUGCUUACCUACAACCUGAGAAAAAGGAUUGUGUUCCGGAAAAUUAGCGAUGUGAAGCGUGAGGAAGAAGAUCGACUGAGGAGGAAGAAUGAAGCCCCGCUGAACCUCCCGCUGGACCACCCUGUGCGGCGGCUCUUUCAGAGGUUCAGACAACAGAAGGAGGCCCGGCUGGCUGCUGAACGAGUCAAGGACCAGGAUGAGCCUGACGUGGAAAAGGGGUCAGUCCAGGUGGAGCACACACGGCAGGACAUGAUUGCCACCACCAGCAUCGUCACGGUUACAGAGAGUCCCGCCACCCCGGUCCCUUCAGUAUCGGUUAAUGCGUCCACUUCAAGAGAGUCUGACCGGGCAAAACUGCAAGCCCCCACAGUGUCAAACUAUGCAGGCAGCAAAUCAGCUGAGAGCACCAAAGGAAAAGGCUGGAACAGAUUCAAAGACCCUGUCGGGAAAGCAGACAACUGGAACAAAGUCUCAAAAGCAGAAUCCAUGGAGACGCUACCAGAAAGAACUAAGGUUCCCGAGGAGACUUCCUUAAAGAAAACUGAUUCCUGUGACAGCGGCAUUACAAAAAGUGACUUGCGGUUGGACAACGUCGGAGAGGUUCGGAGCCCCCAAGACCGAAGUCCUGUUCAGGUGGAUGCUAAACACACGUUUUUACCGAUUCCUGAGCAAACCAUUCAGGCUUCAAUCUCAGAGCUAAAGCAUGAACUGAAGGAGGACAUCAAAGCCCUAAACAACAGGAUGGCCUCCUUAGAAAACCAACUUGCUGAAAUUCUUAGAAUACUAAAAUCUAGGAAAUCACUAAAUUCACCCCAGCAUCUGUUUGAAAUAUCAAGACCAGGAUCCCCCGAAUCAGACAAGGAUGACAUUUUUUAAUGAUUUGUACAUGGUUUGGUAAUUGGACUUCAAUGUAUGCCUUGGAAGAGGUGCAUGGACUAUGUAAUAAAACCACAUUUUACAAUGGGUAUUUCUAAUAGUACAGGGAACAAAAAGUUAAUAUAGCUUCUCUAAGGUUUAUUUAAAUAUUGUAUGAGAAAAGACUAAAGCCAUUGAAUCAAACAAUUUAUUAGUAACAAUGGUGAACUGGGCACAGAGCUGUUUUUGCUUCUGGUACUGUAUGGUAGACAGCAUAUGCUGUAGUAGUUGUUUAUUAUUGCGUCUGGAAUUAUAUGAGAGUACAGUAUAAUGUAUUUCUGUUUGAUUUCCUGUGUACUUUUGCUGUAUAUCUGAGAUCUAACAGGUCUUUUUUUGUAGUUUAAAAAUGCAAGAGAGCAGAAUUAUAUAUUUAUUAACUAGACUCUAUUUCUAACAGAUAACCCAUUUAGAAUCAUUUCAAUUAAAAAAUAGCCCCAUUUGCUUUACUUUAGAUCAAAACAUCUAGAAAAUAAGAUCAUGUUUCACUCCUUUUUGGAUAAACAGGGAUGUCAUCCACAUUUUUUUUAUUUGAUGGCAACAAAAACAAUAAAUGAAAUGAACAAGUGCUCAAGACCAUAAUACUGAGUAUGGUCUAAUGAUCCUGCAUGGAUCAAGGUAGAUACGUGUUUCAUAGUUCACGUUCUAUUCACCAGGGGCCCGUUCCAUAAAAGUCCUUCGGUUGAAAGGACACAGAGGUACGACUUUAUACAGUACGUUUUAUAAAGCACUUAUAAAUCACUCUUUAGCGGUCUGUGCUAAAAAAAAUCAGUAACUCGGUAAUCCACCAGUGACCGAUUUUUCAGCGAACACAUUUUUCCAAAGAAGAAAUUGACACAAUUAUAGAAUUGGUUGGCCAAAACAAAUCUGUUCCAUUUGGCAAGUUGUUUGGAAGUUUAACUAUCAAAGACAAGAAAAAACAAACAAACUGGCAGAUAAUCACGGAUGUAGUAAAUGCUUUAAGGGUGUAGAGAACAGUAUCUGAAAUAAGAAAAAAAAUGGAGAGAUCUAGCAAGUACGGAAUUUAAAUAAGGGAAAAGAAGGGAGAUGAAAAAUACCUCAAAUGAGGAGGAAAGAUUGUCUAAAUAUAACUGGUGAAGUAGCUGUUGCGGUAUUGAGAGCAAAAAAAGAAAAAAAAGAAAAGCAGAUAGCUCUUCCUGCUGCCUUUAACCCAAAGUGUCUUUUGUUAUCCAUCUAAGUAAACAAUAAUGAAAAUAGAUAGUUAUGUUACACACUUGUUAAUAAACUGCACUAUUAUUAUUAUUAUUAUUAUUAUUAUUAUUAUUAUUAUUAUUAUUAUUAUUAUUAUUAUUAUUAUUAUUAUUAUUAUUUUAUUAUUAUCU